UACCUACCGUAGCGCCAUUUUGUUUUAUCUUGUCGACAGGUUAGUUGGCAAGAGUCUCAAUCAAUCGCACAUCAAAUAAUAUAUAAAUACUAAAUAGCCAGGUUAAAAUUUGUAGAAACCUGAAUGAAGAAAACAAUGCUCGUGGCAUAAAUAAAUAAAUAGUUCGUUACCGUUUUAAAUUUUAAAUCCACUAUGUACGACAUAGAAGAUGAUCAAUAUGAAGAGGAAGAUGUUGAAGAAAUUUCCUCUGAGUUAUGGCAAGAAGCGUGCUGGAUUGUUAUUAACGCAUAUUUUGAUGAGAAAGGUUUGGUACGGCAACAGUUGGACAGUUUUGAUGAGUUCAUUCAAAUGUCCGUACAGCGUAUAGUCGAAGAUUCACCGCCUAUAGAACUUCAAGCAGAAGCGCAACACUCGUCUGGCGAAAUUGAAAUACCACCUAAAUACCUUUUGAAGUUUGAUCAGAUUUAUCUUUCCAAACCUACACAUUGGGAAAAAGAUGGUGCACCAUCUCCCAUGAUGCCUAACGAGGCGCGUCUACGUAACUUGACAUAUUCUGCCCCGCUUUAUGUAGAUAUCACUAAAACAAUUGUCAAAGAGCAUGAGGAUCCUAUUGAAACACAACAUCAAAAGACCUUUAUUGGUAAAAUUCCUAUAAUGUUGAGAUCAACAUACUGUCUCUUGAACAGUUUGACUGACAGAGAUCUGUCUGAACUUAAUGAAUGCCCUCUUGACCCUGGUGGCUAUUUCAUUAUCAAUGGGUCUGAAAAAGUGCUGAUUGCUCAAGAGAAAAUGGCUACAAAUACUGUAUAUGUAUUUAGUAUGAAAGACGGGAAGUUUGCUUACAAAACUGAAAUCAGAUCUUGUUUAGAACAUAGCUCCAGACCCACAUCCACUCUUUGGGUCAAUAUGAUGGCUCGUGGUGGGCAGAGUAUAAAAAAAUCUGCAAUCGGACAAAGAAUUAUUGCUAUUGUCCCAUAUGUCAAACAGGAAAUUCCUAUUAUGAUUGUAUUCAGAGCCCUGGGUUUUGUAGCUGAUAGAGACAUAUUGGAACACAUUAUUUAUGACUUUGAUGAUCCUGAAAUGAUGGAAAUGGUAAAGCCAUCACUUGACGAAGCUUUUGUGAUUCAAGAACAAAAUGUGGCUCUCAAUUUCAUUGGUGCCCGUGGUGCCCGUCCAGGCGUAACUAAAGAAAAGCGUAUCAAAUAUGCUAGAGAAAUUCUACAAAAAGAAAUGUUACCACAUGUUGGUGUUUCCGAUUUUUGUGAAACUAAGAAAGCUUACUUUUUAGGCUAUAUGGUACACAGGCUACUGCUAGCGGCUUUAGGUCGCCGUGAAUUAGAUGACAGAGAUCACUAUGGUAACAAAAGACUAGAUCUGGCAGGUCUUCUGUUGGCAUUUUUGUUUAGAGGAUUAUUCAAAAAUCUAUUAAAAGAAGUCAGAAUGUAUGCUCAGAAAUUCAUUGAUAGGGGAAAAGACUUCAAUCUUGAACUGGCCAUAAAAACCAGAAUUAUUACUGAUGGCUUACGUUACUCAUUAGCUACAGGAAAUUGGGGUGAUCAAAAGAAAGCUCAUCAAGCCCGAGCGGGUGUAUCACAAGUAUUGAACAGAUUGACCUUCGCUUCAACUUUAUCACAUUUAAGACGUGUUAACUCACCUAUUGGACGUGAUGGCAAGUUAGCUAAGCCUCGUCAGUUGCAUAACACAUUGUGGGGUAUGAUUUGCCCAGCUGAAACACCUGAGGGAGCUGCUGUCGGACUAGUGAAAAACUUAGCCCUAAUGGCCUAUAUUUCAGUUGGUAGCCAACCGUCUCCAAUUUUAGAGUUCUUGGAAGAGUGGUCCAUGGAAAACUUGGAGGAAAUUGCACCAUCUGCUAUUGCUGAUGCGACAAAAAUAUUUGUGAAUGGUUGCUGGGUAGGGAUCCACAGAGACCCUGAGCAACUAAUGGCAACCUUACGUAAACUGAGACGUCAGAUGGACAUCAUUGUAUCUGAAGUCAGCAUGAUUCGUGACAUAAGAGACAGAGAAAUAAGAAUUUAUACAGAUGCAGGUAGAAUUUGUCGUCCAUUGCUCAUUGUAGAAAAUGGAGCAUUGCUAUUGAAGAAAAAACAUAUUGAUCAUCUUAAGGAAAGAGACUACAACAACUAUAGGUGGCAAAACUUAGUUGCCAGUGGUGUGGUUGAGUAUAUUGAUACUCUUGAAGAAGAAACAGUGAUGAUUGCAAUGAGUCCAGAUGAUUUGGCUCAAGUUAAAGAAUAUGCAUAUUGUACAACAUACACACAUUGUGAGAUCCACCCUGCUAUGAUUCUAGGAGUUUGUGCUUCAAUUAUCCCAUUCCCUGAUCACAACCAAAGUCCCAGGAACACCUAUCAAAGUGCUAUGGGUAAGCAAGCUAUGGGAGUUUAUAUUACCAACUUCCAUGUAAGAAUGGACACACUGGCUCAUGUGCUGUACUAUCCACACAAACCAUUGGUCACAACAAGAUCUAUGGAGUAUCUAAGAUUCCGAGAACUGCCAGCUGGCAUUAAUUCAAUCGUCGCUAUUUUAUGUUAUACUGGUUACAAUCAGGAAGACAGUGUCAUUUUGAAUGCUUCUGCUGUGGAGAGAGGUUUCUUCAGAUCAGUGUUCUACCGAUCAUAUAAAGAUACAGAAUCGAAACGAAUUGGGGACCAAGAGGAGCAAUUUGAGAAACCAACAAGACAGACCUGCCAAGGUAUGAGAAAUGCUUUAUAUGACAAAUUAGAUGAGGAUGGUAUUAUUGCUCCUGGUAUAAGAGUAUCAGGUGACGACGUAGUUAUCGGGAAAACAAUAACAUUACCCGAGCAUGACGAUGAACUGGAAGGCACAACUCGGCGCUUUACCAAGCGAGAUGCAUCCACAUUCUUGCGAAACAGUGAAACCGGUAUUGUGGAUCAAGUCAUGUUGACGCUAAACAGUGAAGGAUACAAAUUCUGCAAAAUUCGUGUGCGAUCAGUGCGUAUUCCGCAAAUCGGUGACAAAUUCGCUUCGCGUCACGGACAGAAAGGAACGUGUGGUAUUCAGUACCGACAAGAAGACAUGCCUUUCACUUGCGAAGGACUCACACCAGAUAUUAUUAUUAACCCACACGCCAUUCCAUCCCGUAUGACAAUUGGUCACUUGAUUGAAUGUAUUCAAGGCAAAGUGUCUUCAAACAAAGGAGAAAUUGGUGAUGCCACGCCAUUUAAUGAUGCUGUAAAUGUGCAGAAAAUUUCAUCAUUGUUGCAAGAGUAUGGAUACCAUCUGCGUGGUAAUGAAGUGAUGUAUAAUGGACACACUGGAAGGAAGAUAAACGCUCAGGUUUUCUUGGGUCCCACAUAUUACCAACGUUUGAAACACAUGGUAGAUGAUAAAAUCCACUCGAGAGCUAGAGGCCCAGUGCAAAUUCUAGUUCGUCAACCUAUGGAGGGUAGAGCUAGAGAUGGAGGGUUACGUUUUGGUGAAAUGGAACGUGAUUGUCAAAUAGCUCACGGAGCUGCACAAUUUUUGCGCGAGCGGCUGUUUGAAGUAUCCGAUCCAUACCGUAUUCACGUUUGUAAUUUCUGCGGUUUGAUUGCCAUCGCCAACCUACGUAACAACACCUUCGAAUGCAAAGGAUGCAAGAAUAAAACUCAAAUUUCACAAGUGCGCCUGCCAUACGCUGCAAAAUUACUGUUCCAGGAACUUAUGUCAAUGAAUAUAGCUCCUAGAUUAAUGGUUGUCAACUAGCAUAGAUACAUAAUUACAUAUUUGUGACUUUAAUUUCAUUAGGUUUAAUAUGUAACUCUUAUACUUUAUCAAUAAAAACAUGUAAAACGUUU